UCUCUUACAUGUUUGUUUUACAGCGGAUUUUCACAUAGCGGCAUGUGUUUUAUUUUAAGUUUAUUAUCAAUUUGCCACGUAUCAGCUGUGUGAUAUGCGAAGGUAAUCACAUUUUAAUCUUCUCAUAUGUUUUACUUUCGUGGAAGUAAUUGUGGAAUGUUAAAUGGUAAUUAAAGAUUACGAAGCAUUUGUCUGCUCGCCGAAGUCUCGUGCGGUAAGAACUCUUAGAUGAGCGUGCACGUUUGUCCUUAGUCGAGCUGAGAGCGUUUGCACUAAAGAUAAAAGCUUUGGUGUCUGAUUGCUAAACACUCACAGUUGAAAUGCAGGCGUGGUUGCGUAUUUCACUGUUGCUAUGGAUUUUUGGGUUUUUUCGUGAAUUUCGCCCAUCGGAACCAUUUGUUACGGAAUAUCUGAGUGGUCCGUGGUACAACAUCACAGCCGAACAAGUCAACAAAGAAAUCUAUCCCUUCGGUACUUAUGCGGUACUGGCACAACUUGCAAUUGUUUUCCUCAUCACCGACAUACUUCGCUACAAACCGAUUAUUAUUGUAUCCGCAUGUACAGGCAUUAUACUUUUCGCCAUUCUGUUGUGGUCGCAGGAAAUAUGGGAGCUACUAGUGGCCCAGGUAUUUUAUGGCACCUUUAUUGCUACCGAGGUGGCCUACUACACAUAUAUUUAUGCCAAAGUUGAUAAGGAGAAAUAUCAGAUUGUUACCGGGCAUACGCGAUCGGCGAUUUUGUGCGGAAAAUUUUUAGCUGGUGUUUUAGCUCAAGUGCUCGUUUCAACCGAAACGAUGAAUUACAAGGGUCUGCAUUACAUUUCUUUUGGUUCACAAAUAAUAUCGCUUUUUAUAGCGGUGCUUUUGCCACCGGUGGGUAAAAGUUUGUACUUUUAUACAGAACAUCCACUUGAACUCUCAGAUGUCUCCAUAGCACAGAAGCAAGUUAUAUCAGAGAACUCAUCAACUGCAGUUUUGCCACAAAACGGUUCCAUCGCUGACAUUGCCUCUGGGGAAAGUGACAUCAGUUCGACAAAUUUGCCGCAUUUUUCCUGGAGUAAUGCCCUUCAAUUACUUGUAAAACAUACCGUCAGUGCGUAUACAAACCGGACAGUGGUUCGUUGGAGUUUUUGGUGGGCUUUGGCCACAUGUGGACAGAUGCAGGUGAUCUCGUAUGUGCAAUUUCUAUGGAAGGAUAUAGAUCCGAACCAUGAGAGUAUCUACAAUGGCGCUGUGGAGGCAACUGUCACACUCUUGGGUGCCGGUAGUGCUAUGGUGGCAGGUAUAGCUAACACCAGCCAUCAUAAAAAAUGGCACAUGUGGAUACUGACUGUUUGCUCGCUGUUUAUGGGAACUUUCAUUAUUAUCUCGUCGGUGACGAAUUCAGUUUGGAUUGCCUAUGCUAUGUACAUUCUUUUCGGCAUUUGUUAUUUUUUCGUUAUAACAACAGCGAGCGCGAUAGUGGCAGAGAAUUUAUCAGACGAUAGUUUUGGGUUAAUUUUUGGCAUUAAUACACUGGCGGCACUUGUAUUACAGACGAUCCUCACACUUGUGGUGGUUACUGAUACCGGCUAUGGCCUUACACCGCGUGAUCAGUACUUUAUUUAUGGCUGUUAUUUUAUUGUGCUGGCACUCAUGUACUUUGUGGCCGUAUUUACAAGAAUUUUAUUUAAAAAACUUAGGUGUUGUGGGUAUGGCGUUGUGAAUAUGACAAGUUGACAUUAAGGCGAAUUUUAGACAAACGUUGUUGUUGUUUGAACAUAAGCGGUUAGGGAUGCUUCUGAGUGAAUCUUUGAUCGAAUAUAAAUGCGGGUCGUUUUGGUAAUGUAAAUAAAUGCUCAAGGUUCUUGGAUGCGUAGAAAUAUGAUUGUACAAAGGCCGACAGGCUCUAUUCAAAAUAAUUUGUACUUAUUUAGAAACAUUUUUUAAAUACAAUUUUACUUUAAUAUAAGGGAGAAAUGUGUGGUAAAGUUCAAAAUAUAUUUUAUCGUAAAUGGAUAUUUCCAAUGACGUAUUACUAGCGAUAUUGUUUCUCCUAACCACUAGCUUAGUAUAUAAUAAAAACUAAUUUUCUCAGG